GCGUGACCCGGAAAAAGUACACGAUUUCCGACAAGCAUGUAUAGACGAGCUUGAUAAAUUUCACACUCGAUUAGUUUGGAAUGUUCGUGUUUUAGUUAACGUUUUUAGGGAAUUUCGUUGCCGUUUGUACGUUUUUUAUUGCGGGGAAAGUGAUACUUUAGCAGAGAUGGGAGUCCCGGCAUUUUUCCGUUGGCUGAGUCGUAAAUAUCCCUCCAUUAUUGUACAUUGUGUGGAGGAGAAGGGUAGGGAGUGCAAUGGAGUUCGCAUCCCUGUCGACACAACCAAGGCAAACCCCAAUGAGGUGGAGUUUGACAAUUUAUAUUUGGACAUGAACGGCAUCAUACACCCUUGCACACAUCCAGAGGACAAACCGGCGCCCAAAAACGAGGAUGAGAUGAUGGUGGCCAUCUUUGAGUACAUCGACCGUCUGUUCAAUAUUGUGCGUCCAAGAAGAGUUUUGUACAUGGCCAUCGACGGUGUGGCUCCGCGGGCCAAAAUGAACCAGCAACGCUCUCGCCGCUUCCGCGCCUCCAAAGAAGGCAUGGAGCUCACCGAGGAGAAGACUCGCAUGCGCGAGGAAGUCAUCCAGAGAGGAGGUUACCUGCCACCUGAGGAGAUUAAAGAGAGGUUCGACAGCAACUGCAUCACGCCAGGAACAGAGUUCAUGGACAACCUGGCUCGUUGUCUUCGCUACUACGUCGCCGACAGGCUCAGCAACGACCCGGGAUGGCGAAACAUCACGGUCUUCCUGUCUGACGCCAGCGUUCCGGGCGAAGGCGAACAUAAGAUCAUGGACUACAUCAGGAGACAAAGAGCUCAGCCCAACCACGACCCCAACACACAUCACUGCCUGUGUGGUGCUGACGCGGACCUCAUCAUGCUGGGCUUGGCCACGCACGAGCCCAACUUCACCAUCAUUCGGGAGGAGUUCAAACCCAACAAGCCGCGGCCGUGCGCUCUCUGCGGUCAAAUGGGCCACGAGAUCAAAGAGUGUCAGGGCGUCGCCCGAGAGAAGCGAGGCCAGCACGAUGAAUUUGCGGACGCCAUGCCAGUGUCUGAGCAGGAGUUCAUCUUCAUCAGGCUGUGUGUGCUCAGAGAGUAUCUUGCUCGAGAGUUGACCAUGGCCAGUCUGCCCUUCCCAUUUGACUUUGAGAGGAGCAUCGACGACUGGGUGUUCAUGUGUUUCUUUGUCGGAAACGACUUCCUCCCUCACCUGCCGUCCUUGGAAAUCAGAGAGGGGGCGAUAGAUCGCCUGGUCCGGAUCUACAAAGAUGUGGUGCACAAAACCGGAGGCUACCUGACGGAGAACGGCUUCGUCAACCUGGCGCGCGUCGAGAUGAUCAUGCAGGCCGUGGGCGUGGCCGAGGACAACAUCUUCAAAAAGCGCAGAGAAGACGAUGAGAGCUUUAAGAGAAGGAUGAAAGAGAAACGACAAAGGAUGAAGAGGGAGCAGCAAGGCCCCGCCUACCUCACCGGGGGCCAGUUUGCCCCUCACGCGUUGGGCAGAGGACUCCAGCCAGACGCCGUGGAGAACGCUCGCCACCAAGCCUACGGCAUGAGGAUGCAGUCCAAUAGGGAUGCUGCUCAGUCCCUGAAGGCCAUGAUGAGGAACGGGGGCGGCGGCAACCAGUUUCCAGGCCCCAGCGACGACGGCAACAGCCGCGGCGUGAAGAGGAAAGCAGACAGCGACGACGAGCCCGAACCGGAAGACAACGUCAGGUUGUGGGAGGACGGCUGGAAGCAGCGCUACUACAAGACCAAAUUUGACGUGGACGUUUCUGACGAAGGCUUCAAGCAGAAGGUGGUCCAGUCGUACGUGGAGGGCCUGUGCUGGGUGCUGCGCUACUACUAUCAGGGCUGCGCCUCUUGGAAGUGGUACUUCCCCUUUCACUACGCCCCCUUCGCUUCAGACUUCCAGGACAUUCAAGGAAUGUUCAGUGACUUUGAGAGAGGAACCAAGCCGUUCAAGCCCCUGGAGCAGCUGAUGGGGGUGUUUCCUGCCGCCAGCGGCAACUUCCUGCCAGAAACGUGGCGGAACUUGAUGAUGAGUCCGGACUCUUCCAUCAUCGACUUCUACCCUGACGACUUUGCGAUUGACCUGAACGGGAAAAAGUACGCAUGGCAAGGCGUGGCCUUGUUGCCGUUUGUGGAUGAGCGGCGUCUGCGGGCCGCGCUGGCCGACGUCUAUCCCGACCUCACGUCCGAAGAAGUGAGAAGAAACAGUCUGGGAAGCGACUUGGUGUUUGUCGGCAAGUCUCACCCGCUCUCGGACUUCAUCCAGGAACUCUACCGUGCACAAUGUCAUGAGCCCACUGAGGUGCCUGCAGAGCUCUGCCAUGGAAUCCAAGGUAUAUUAUCUCUUGAUGACGACCCUAUCCUACCAGAUAAGACGGUGAGCUCGCCCAUCCCCAUGCUGCGUGACAUCGGGCAGAACAGCGCCAUCGGAGUGAAGUUCAAGGAUCCCCAGUUUGCCGAGGGUUUUGUGUUCAAGGCUGUUCUCCUUCCCGGAGCAAAGCUUCCCACUAACGUGCUGAAGCCGGAGGACUGGGAUAGGCGAGAGAAUCAGCCGUGGAGACCUCAGCUUGGCUUCAACCCCAACAGGCAGCAGGCUCACUUGGACCAGUCAGGCUUCCGAGCUUUGGGUCACUCGCUCAGAAACCAACAUGGUGGGCAGUACAGCAAUGCCCCGCCGCCCAACAACUACCAACAGCAAGGAAACUACCGCUCACCCCGCACCGGCCAUCAUCAGGCCUUCCAACAUUCCAGAUCUGGGGGCCAGUUGGGAACGCCGCCGUCCUUCCAUCACCAGCCACACUUUCCACGGCACCAACAGCAGCAGCAGCAGCAGGGGUACCACGGGAGGGGCGGCGGCGCUCACGGCUGGGACCGGGCCAUGCAGUCGCAGCGGGCGGCGUACCAACACAGCGCCAACCGUGGCGGCGGGCCCGGGCCCGGGCCCAGCGGCUACCAGCAGCGCUUCCACCAGCAAAGAAGCGACUGGCGCGAACAGCGGGAUGAGCGCGGACAGCAGUACCAGGCCCACAGCAGCUCCAACAGAGGAGGUUACCCUGCACCACCGCCAUCCAGAAGAUAUGUGUGGAAAUGAACGUCUUUUUUUUUCUUUUUUUUUUUUAAAUCCUUGUCCUCUUGUCACAAGUCCCCCCCCCCCCUUAAUUCUUCUGCUUGGAAGUAAAAGCUAAUUAGAACUUUUAAACAUAGUCAAUGUUGUAUACCUUUGAGAGAUUCUCCAAUGUCACCUUUUACAACUUGUCCAAUAAAAGAAUAAGUCAUGUGGAAAAUUUUAA